AUGCCAGCUAUUGGAGCAUCACGUGAGUUCUCGAAGGUAUCGUGCGAAGAAUCUUCAUUGUUAAUUUCAAUAAAAGAUGGCAAGAAAGUAUCAAAAACGACCCGACGCCAGUGGUUGAUUUUAAUAACGAUCGCCUUUGUAAAUUUUGGUGUUGCUUCAUGUGUUUCUCUUCAGGCGCCAUUUUUUCCAAAAGAGGCAGAAAUGAAAGGAGCAACCCCAACACAAUAUGGUUUUGUCUUCGGGGUUUUCUAUCUUACCGUGUUUGUUUUUUCUCCUAUCUUUGGAAAACUAAUGGUGGUAAUUACACCAAGGUUUAUGCUUAUUGCCGCAAUAUUUAUCGUUGGAAUAACUUCUAUUUUGUUUGGGUUGAUCGACAAAUCACCAAACGGUACCCCGUUUAUUGCUUUGGCAUUCGCCAUCCGGAUCGUGGAGGGCGUUGGAUCUGCAGCGUUUCUUACAUCAAGUUUUACAAUUAUUGCCGCAGAAUUCCCUAGUAAAGUGGCUACUACAUUCGGAGCUUUAGAAACCGCCUAUGGAUUUGGUUUGAUUGCUGGACCUACUUUAGGUGGCGCCCUCUAUGAGGUGGAUGGCUAUUAUUUACCUUUUGUAAGUGUUGGAGUGAUUCUUGUUGUUAGUGCAAUUGUGACACUUAUAUUGCUACCAGAAUCAGUUCUCAAUGAGAAUAUAGGAUCAGGAAAUCUCGUCAAGUUCUGGCUACACCCAGGAACAAUUCUGGAUGGAAUGGUUAUCAUGGUUGCAUCGCUUACAACAGGUUACAAUCAUGCUACAUUAGAGCCACAUUUACGCCAGUUUAACCUUUCCCCCCUUUUUGUGGGAAUCGUCUUUAUGGUUAUGGGUUUGUGUUACGCUAUCACAACUCCCGUGUGGGGCGUGUUGGUGGACAGAAAUAAUAUUUCGAAGUUAGUUGGAGUCUUAGGUUGUGUAUUUAUCGGCGUUGCCUUUCUCUUUGUGGGUCCAGUUCCGUUUAUGCCUUUUGAUACGAAAUUAUGGCUAGUCAUCAUUUCCUUGCUUUUGCAUGGAAUAGGCUUAGGUGGGUCUCUUGUGGCACCUUUCGCCGGAAGUUUACGAGACACAGUAAAACGUGGGUUUCCUGACGAUUUGACAACAUACGGACUGGUGUCUUCUCUUUUCGCAAGUUCCGCAUCUCUUGGUUCUUUUAUCGGGCCCUCUAUCGGAGGUUACUUGUUGGAGACGGUAGGUUACGAAAGUGGAACGGUGGUAAUUAUGACUAUUGAAGCCACAUUGGUGUGUGUCUUGCUGAUCUACAUACUGUGCGACCGUAGAAGGGAAAGGAAGAAGGCGUGGCUGGUAGAAGAAACUAACCCACUAAUAACGGAUAAGGAGAAAGAGAAAUAUUAACCUUGCAAGGAUUCGUGUGUUUUAAAUCCGUAAAAGGUUAUUUUAUUACUAGAAGAUACGUCAAUUAAACGUUAAUCGACACAGUUUUCACCUGUGGCAAUACGAGUAACCAAAGCGCUAUUUCUUAUUAUCAAA